UGAUGACGUUUGUUAUGACAGCUGUUUUUAACAGUUUACGAAAAGAGAUACAAAAACAUCAGCUUUUCUUGAAUGAAAUUGUGAAUAUUUUUUUAUUUCAAGCCAAUUUGCAGACAUAUUUUUCAUAUUAAUUGCUUUUGUGUAAGAGAAAGGUACUGCUAAAAAUUCUUUUUGUAUGAAUCAUCGAGUUUUGAUUACCAGUUUGUUUUACUUUUUGAUGUAAAAUAAAUCUUGUUGAGUUAGAAACAAGAAUAUUACAACGUAAUUUUUGAUUUGGACCAUUUCAAAUGUAACGUUCGUAAUAAAAUGCAGUGCAUGUGCUUAGAAAUUCAACAGGCUGCUUCCUUAGGAUUGGUGUAAAGCCGCGGGGUAUUUGAAUGUUAGACUACUGUUUCGACUUAACCUCAAUGCUAAGUUGUAAACAGUGCAAGUAAUGGAGCCCCUUCUUUUGUGCGAUAGCUCUGGUAAUCAAGUGCCAAAAAGUCUGUUAAAUGUACUGGCUGCACUUUCAUCUGAAGAAGCAAUAAAUGCAAGUGAUGUUUUAGUUGGAUUGAUUUAUAUUUUGAUGUUAGAAACUGGAUUUGUUACCACUGAUAUUGAUGCACCCCCUGAAGAGUGCUUGAGUUCUGAUUUUCAUUAUCAUCGAUUUCUACGAUGUACUACUCAACUGCCUAAAAAUUGGAUAAAAAAUGUGCAUAAUUACAAUUUUUCUUUCAUUUUACUACCUUAUCGACAACAUAUCUGUCACAUAUCCUGCAUCCCAGUUUGUGAGGAUAUAAUUGUAAACUGUACCAUUGAAGGAAUCAACUCAUCCCAUCUAAGUAUUCUGAUCGAUCCAUUCUUAUAUGUUUUGAAGUCAUCAGAAGGGGUGAAGUGGAGAUUUCAGAACUUGAAGAGUCUCUCCUUAUAUUUUAAAAAUGAAAUCAGUUAUCCUGCUAAAAUGGUAAUUUUACAAAAUAAUAAUGUUGGAUGUGCAUGUCUCCAAAAUCUACCAGUCGAAGUCUUAUUGAAUAUUGUGAAAUAUCUGGACGGUAGAGCUCUUUACAAAUUUAAAGAAGUAUGCAAAUAUUUUAAGGAAGUUUGCUUAAGUGAUAGGAUUUAUAAAAAGAUGCACUGAUGUGUAUAUAUGUCUGUUUCACGGUUUAUUUAAUAAAAUUAAUUUUACAACGAUACUAUUGUUUUUAAUUUAUAACAUGUAUAUACAUAUUUAUUAUUAAUUGACUAGAAACGUUGUAAAAGUGGUUAUUUUUAUAGUAAUAAAUGUUGUUGCAUAUAGGUA